UGCCCGCGUGUCACUUUCUGCCGCGUGUUUUGCAGCCGCGAUGUCCCGGGAGACGGGCGGCGAGUCGCAGCCGUCGCAGGGCGGGACGGGCUCGUCGUCUGGCAGCUCGCAGGGCACUAGCCAGUCGUCCUCCAGCUCCGGCACGCUCAGCUCCCUGGACACGGUGCCCACGCAGGAGCUGCCCCCCAUCCCCGAGGACCAGGAGCCGGAGGAGCCGGCCCCGCAGCCGUGGGGGCGUCUCUUCGCGCUGGGCAGGGGCUUCAUCAACUACGACUGUGUGAAUGAUGAGUGUUGGUUUGGCAGAGACAAAAGCUGUGACUACAGCUUUUCUAGGAUAGGGCUGUCCGAGACAGGUUUCUACCAGAACUACAGCAAGAAGCAUUUCCGAAUUUUCAAGGAAACGGGACCACGAGACUCCUAUGUUGCCUACAUAGAAGAUCACAGUGUGAAUGGAACCUUUGUAAAUAAAGAGCUUAUAGGAAGAGGGAAAAGGCUGCCACUGACUCACAAUUCUGAAAUUGCACUGUCUGUACAGAGUAACAAAGUGUUUGUAUUUUCUGAUCUUAUGGUGGAUGAUCAGUCGGGGUAUCCCAGAGAAUUCAAAGAGAAAUAUAUCAUGUCAAAAACUUUGGGAAGUGGUGCCUGUGGCGAAGUCAAACUGGCAUUUGAAAAGGCCACGUGUAACAAAGUUGCUGUAAAGAUAAUCAAUAAACGGAGAUUUAUGACAGCUGCUGUGAGAGAGGCAGAUCCAGUGUUCAAUGUCAAUACAGAAAUAGAGAUUUUGAAGAAAAUAAAUCAUCCCUGCUUAAUCAAGAUUAAAAACUUCUUUGAAGCAGAAGACUAUUACAUUAUUUUGGAAUUGAUGGAAGGAGGAGAAUUAUAUGACAGAGUGUCAAGACCAAUCAAGAUGAAAGAAGCUACCUGCAAGCUGUAUUUUUAUCAGAUGCUGUUGGCUGUAAAGUACCUUCAUGACAAUGGUAUUAUACACCGGGAUCUCAAGCCAGAGAAUGUGCUACUUUCAUCUUCUGAAGAAAUUUGCCUUAUAAAGAUUACAGAUUUUGGACAAUCCAAGAUUCUUGGAGAAACCUCUCUUAUGAAAACAUUAUGUGGCACUCCCACGUACCUUGCCCCUGAGGUUCUUAAUUCCCUUGGGACUGAAGGGUACAGCUGUGCUGUGGACUGUUGGAGUUUAGGAGUUAUUCUUUUUGUAUGCUUAUGUGGAUAUCCUCCCUUCAAUGAACAUAAUACUAAACUGUCUCUGAAAGAGCAGAUUACUCAGGGAAAAUACACAUUUAUUCCAAAGGAAUGGAAGCAUGUGUCUGGUACAGCUUUGGACCUUGUGAAGAAGCUGUUGGUUGUGGACCCAAAUAAACGACUUACAACAGAAGAAGCCUUAGGGCAUCCCUGGCUUCAGGAUGAGGCUGUGAAGGAUACAUUUAAACAGCUACAAAAGCAAAUAGGGUUCUCUCUGGAUUCUUCCCAGACAUCAAAAGUGCCAACUACAAUGAGAAAACGUCUCCAUGACAAGGAAGAGGAGUCUGGAUCUCCCAAGCGUGCUUUUCCUUCCACGUCAUUUAAGAAACCAAUGUGAAAAGAAAGGAAAGAAAGAGACUUUCUUUAAUUGCUGCUUUCUCCUUUGAAUAGUUUAGAUUUUUAUAAAAAGUAUUUUUCUUAAUAAUGAAAUAAUGGAUUUGAACUAAUCAUUGGUAAAUAAAAAUAACUUUGUAAAAA